UAUUACGUAUUCUGUCAACAACAUGGCGUUACUGUCAAAAGGGCAAAUUUAACGGGGACUGUUGCGUUUAUUUUCUUAGACUCUUUAGUUAUUAAUGGCCGUUUCGAGCCUGUUCGUUAAAAUGUUCAGUUUCACGAAAGUUAAACUAGCUGUAAUAGGGAUAGGACGGCAGUGCGUUUCUGUACGGGCUCUUAAUGAAGGACGAGCGGUGUGCAGAGGAUUCGCGUCCUCCUCGCGCGAUCAGGAAUCCAGUACAUCUGACAAUGAGCUCUAUGACAUUAUAAUAUCCGGCGGGGGAAUGGUGGGCACCGCGAUGGCAUGUUCGCUGGGACUUGAUCCAAAUUUGACAGGGAAGAAGAUUCUUUUGCUGGAAGCUGGUCACAAAAAAGAGAUGGACAGGGUACCAGAGACCUACAGUACAAGGGUCAGCUCCAUCAGCACAGGCUCAGCAACACUUCUUAGUGGUCUUGGUGCAUGGGACCAUAUUGUCAAUAUGAGGUGCAGGCCGUAUAAUAAAAUGCAGGUUUGGGAUGCUUGUUCAGAUGCCCUGAUUACAUUUGAUAAGGAGAAUCUGCAGGAUGAGAUGGCAUACAUCAUUGAGAACGACGUCAUUGUGGCCUCCCUCACUAAACAGCUGCAGACCCUCUCUGAGCACGUUGAAGUGCAGUACCGAACAAAAGUGGUGAGAUACACCUGGCCCAGGCCGUACCACAUCUCAGAGUCCAUCCCUUGGGUUCAAAUAACACUGGCUAAUGGAAAGACUCUCUACACCAAACUUUUAAUUGGUGCUGAUGGGCCGAACUCAAUGGUGCGGAUGGAGUCUGGCAUCCCCACUGUCAAAUGGAAUUAUGACCAAUCGGCUGUUGUUGCCGUUUUGCAUUUAUCUGAGCCCACAGAAAACAACGUGGCCUGGCAGAGGUUCCUCCCAACUGGACCCAUUGCAAUGCUUCCUUUGUCUGACACAGAGAGCUCACUGGUCUGGUCCACCAGUCAUGAGCAGGCUGAAGAACUUCUACAGCUGGAUGAGGAGAGCUUUGUGGAUGCCAUUAACUCUGCAUUUUGGAGUAAUGAGAACCAUUCUGAGCUGGUGGAGACUGCUGGCUCUUUGUUCCGGACUGCCCUGUCUAUCCUCAUGCCCGACAGUGGCUCCUCACGCCAGCUUCCACCUAGCGUGUCAGGAAUUGGCCCAAAAAGCCGGGUCAUGUUCCCACUGGGUAUGGGUCAUGCCACAGAGUACAUCCGCCACAGAGUUGCCCUCAUUGGAGAUGCUGCACACAGAGUCCAUCCGCUAGCAGGCCAAGGUGCCAAUCUAGGCUUUGGCGAUGUGGCGUGUCUCACACAAGUCCUUAGCCAAGCAGCAUUUAAUGGGAAAGACCUUGGAGCCAUGCAGCACCUGUUGGAGUACGAGACUGAGCGCCAACGACACAAUCUUCCAAUGAUGGCAGCCAUUGACCUCAUAAAGAGGCUCUACUCAACUAAAGUUGCACCUGUGGUUCUGCUUCGGACCCUCGGCCUUCAAGCUACCAAUGCACUAACACCUCUUAAAGUACACAUCUCUUCUCCCCUUCUGUUUUUUAGUUGCUACUCUUGCAGAAUUAGUUUAGUUGAUCCAUAGAAUUCCUUUUUCUUAUUAGUGGUGCUUGGUGUGUAACUUUUUUUUUAAAGCGAUCAACCUUAAAACACUUGCCUGGCACACGAUAAAUGGAUGUGAUACUUAAAUAGCACUUUUCUGAAAUUACUUUCAAAGCUUUUACUUGAACAGGGGACUCUUCUCAACCACCACCAUUGUGCAGCAUCCACCUGGAUGAUGCGAUGGCAGCUAUUGUGCACCAGUAUGCUCACCCCACACCAGCUAUUGGUGGAGAGGAGAGAGUACAGUGAUACAGCCAAUUCAUAAAACAGGCAGAAAAAAAGACUUGCAUUGAAGGAGGAAUCUGAGCCAUAUCUAUGAAGUAGAAUGAAUAUCAUAGACACUUAGUGGUGGGCUCUUUUGACAUGAGCCAGUAAGCAACCACUCGGUAUAACCUACCAACUGCAUAACAACUUUAUAAAAACACCCAGAACACCUUAACAAUCACAUAAUAUCUUCUUGGCAACCACCCUCAACACCUUAGCAUUGUGGUGGCCUUGUUUUGCAUGAGCAAGCACCACACACAUUUUCUUCAAAGAUUGUAAAAAAAAAAUGUUUAUUUGCCACUGAAAUUAUUGACUAUAUUUCCUUCCGUUGCAUCAUGUUCUUUUCCUCAACCCUAUGGCAGUCACCGUGUGUACUCUUUCCUCUCUCUUCUCUGUGUUCUACUUCCAGCUUCCCUUAGCCUUCUUUCAGCUCUCCAACUUUUGCUUUUUGCGACUUCUUCCUCUCUCUAACCCCAUCCCCCAUCUUGUCCUUUGAUUACAUGCCUUUCUACUCUCAUCCGUGCCUGUAAUUUACAUGGUCAGGAGCUACUACUAUGGCUAUGUUUAGUCCUAAAUUGACUUUGGUCUGUUACCGAAAAUGUGUGGGUGGGGUUGUAGGGCCGUGCAUGGUGGUGCUGGCUUGUGUUUUCACACUCCUUUUAUUACAGGCCACUCUUAUGAAAUGGCUUAAUUCCUUUACUAAGCCAUUCUAACUAGAGGGCCCAUAACAUGUCUUAAAGGAUUUUCACUGUCUUCAUAGCCUGUAGGCUAUGACAGUGCACUACUAUUUUUUUUUUCGUCCCCUUUUUCCCUCACCAAUUUGGAAUGCCCAAUUCCCAAUCCACUGUAAGUCCUGGUGGUCGCAUACUGACUCGCCUCAAUCCAGGUGGAGGAGGACGAAUCUCAGUUGCCUCCGCUUCUGAGACCAUCAACCCGCGCAUCUUAUCACGUGGCUUGUUGUGCAUGUUACCGCCAUCCACCGCAGCAUCCACGCAAAACUCACCACGCGCCCCACCAUGAGCGAACCAAAUUAUAAUGACCAUGUGAAGGUUACUCCAUGUGACUCUACCCUCCCUAGCAACCGGGCCAAUGUGGUUGCUUAGGAGACCUGGCUGUAGUCAUUCAGCAUGCCCUUGGAUUCAAACUCGCGAGGUGGUAGUCAGCGUCUUUACUCUCCGAACAAUCCAGGCCCCCUCAGUGCACUUCUUAUCCAAUUUUCUUGAGACCACUAACACUAAUCUCAAUUUUCGUGCCAAUGCAAAGCACGAUUGGCCAUGGGUGGGUGUAUUUGCGCUAUCUGUGGGUGUAUGCAUGCAAACUGUGGUUGUAUUGUAAGUUUAUGAAGUGGCGCAAUGUGCAAUUUGCUAUUUUCUUGAGAACAGGUCAUUGCGCUAAGACGUCUAAGAAGCAUGUCUAUUGUUGAUGCAAAAUCUAAACUCAAUUCCUGCAUUUACAGUUUGGGGAAUCCACCAGCAGAUGAAAUGAAAGAGAUAUCAAUCACUUUUAAAACUAACCAUGAUUUGUGUGUCAGAAUUUCAAAAUUAUUAAUAAUAAUAACAAUAAAUAUACGUUUGGCGUGGGGACGUGGUCAUGUGUCGGUCUGCGGGGGAGAGAGAGAGCGUUACCUGGUUUGUAAUUAACCCUAACACCUGUGUCUUGUUAUAGUGAUGCGGAGCAAGACAUAAAAGAAAUGCAGAGUGCCCUGAGAGAGAGAGAGAGAGAGAGAGAGAACCCUGAAAGCUGACAUUGUUGAUGCAUUACUCUGAAUUAUUGACGGUUACCGUCGUUUGUGUAAGAAUAAGAAUUAAGCUGAGCUCAAACCUGCUUUGCUGUCUCCUGACUCCUCCAUUGCUGAACGAAGUGUGUUACAGUGGUGCCGAAACCUGGCUCGGUCCAUUUCUGUGUUGACUACCGGAAAGUGAGCGUGGUGUCCAAAUUUGAUGCUUCUCAAAUGCCGCAAAUUGAUGAGUUACUCGAUCGGUUGGGCACGGCUCAAUUUUACUUGACGCUGGACUUAACAAAGGGGUAUUGGCAGAUCCCUUUAACUCCAAUGUCCCGAGAAAAAACUGUUUUUUCCACAACGUUUGGAUUACACCAGUUUGUGACACUUCCGUUCAGUUUGUUUGACGGCCACGUUUCAGCGGCUCAUGAACAAGACACAGGUGUUAAGGUUAAUUACAAACCGGAUGACAAGCCUUACCGCUCUCUCUCUCUCUCUCUCUCUCUCUCCCGCAGACCGACACAUGACCACGUCCCCAUGCCACAAUGUUAUUUCGUAUAGUGCCUUUCCAAAGCUCAAGGAUGCUGUAAAGAAAUUAAGCAUGAAACCUUAAACAGAAACAUAUAAUGAACAAUUGUAGUGAAGCAAAGUACGUUUCAAGCAUCCCGUAACAUCGUCAAGACGGGCAAUAGAGAACACUUUCAUCACUGUCCAGCACCAGGAGGAAACACAACAUCCUUUGUAGUAUUUCGUGGCUAAAUACCAUAGCACUGGAAUGAUGGCAGUCAAAAUGGUUCACACCAAGGACACCGUUAUUGUGCAAGAGAACGUAAGACCAAAAUGGUCCAUAAUUCUAGCAUUCUAAUGCAUUGUAUACAGUCCAUUUGCACUACCAAAUUCUUAUGAAUGUGCUGUCUUCAUUUAUAUAUAGAUUGCUUGACAGAGAACAGAGUAUAUAAUAGGUCACAGACAGAGCAAUAACCGGAGAAGAAAGGAUUGCACAUGAGCUUUCACUAACUCACUUAAGCCUAAACUUAGCACAUGGUUGCGGAAAAAUAUCAAAACAUCAUGGCCAUGCUCACUGACUUUGCCAGACUGAUCUCUUGAAAAUUGUUACAUAGCAACAUUUUUUAAACUCUUUUUCCAACACCUAAAAGUAACUGAUAUUGUCCUCCAUAACAAUUGAGAGGUAAACAAAACAGACAUCCUCACCCUGAACCAACACCUAAACAUAACCGAUAGUGUCCUAAAACAAAAUGCACAAUGAAAAGCUUAAUUUCUGACGCAACAACAUCCUUACAUGUCACUUCUAUUAAACUAUUAUCUCACGUGUCAGCUUGUGUGCUUGGCUGGGCUUGAACUGUGGUCUCCCGAGAUCCAAGUCCAACACUAUAAGGUGUGGGCUACCGCACAACCUAAUCACACUGGAAUAAGUGUAUAAAAGUAUGUGGGUCUGUAAUGUGGGUCUGUAAUGCAAGUGUUAAAAAGUAUUGUUUUUCAAAUGAUGCAUUAGAGCAAAAGUUAUUUUAUUUUAUAGCAUAGCAGUUUAUAUGUCAUAAACAGCCAUUGUACUCGUGAUUUGUUCCUGUAGCUCAACUGGUAGAGCGUGGUGCUAGCAAUACCAAGAUCAUGGGUUUGAUACCUAGGCAACACAUAAACUGAUAAAAUGUAUACGUUAAAUGCACUAUGUUGCUUUAGAUAAAAGCAUCUGCCAAAUGCAUAAAUGUAAAAUGGUAAUUAAUUGUGUGAAAGUGUAGCGCUUCUAGUGGUAAUUUUACCAGAAAACUCCAGCAAAACGUAGAAUGCGGCAUGUAAAACUCAGUUUGCAAAACUAGUAAUAGCAACAUUCAUUCUAUGAGACUAGGUUGGACUUAACAUGUAUGACGUUCACAUAGUGCUGUGCUUAAGGCAUAGCGCUCAUAAAAUAGAGCCCUAUGUGUUUCUAUUAUAGUGUGUUGCUCAAAUAAAAGGGAACAAAAAGGUGAACUGUUAUCACCCUUCAUGUACAAAGGUGGAAUUAUCUCUGUUUCAUUAAUUAAAGCUGCUUGAGAAAUAUCACUGCUUAUGAAUAUUGUUUACCAGCCACAAUCUCCUUUAGUAAUAUUUCACUUUGUAUCCACAGGAGCAGAUCAUGGCCUAUGCCAGCAAGUGAAGACUAGCUGCACACUGGAUGUUUGCAGGAUCUCUAAAAAAAAUAUGUAUUUAUUCAUGUAAUGUAAA